CCGAUUCUGUGCACGGACGCACUCAAGCUCUUUGAUGGUCAUCAUGUGUCAUCACCUUCGGCCAUCGGCGGCGAGCAGUUCGGAGCUUGAAACAUAGCAUUCAUGCUUUCGUAGUGUUGUCUCUCCCCAUCUCAUAUUCUCUUGGGAUGGUGGCACCUCGUAGUCGAAAGCCCAAACUCACACAUGCACUAUCUGUGUGGAGAAUGUGCUCAUGACCAUACGGAACUUACGGAUACUACUGAUGUCAACCGAGAUAUUGGCUUACGAGGUUCUUAACCCAGGCUAAUGGCUCGGAUGUUGGCCACCUCUGUAGUCAGGAGGACCAGAACCUAUCGAACUUCGGCCGCAGAUUCAAGCUUUCGUCAGCUCAAAUAUCAAGAUUGAUCGUCUUCGAGUUUUCACCCAGCGUGCCAAUCUUCUUGGCGCCCCUGUUCAAUGUCUCACGCACCAAACUUGGUUACUACUCGAAGUGAUACGACACAGGCGUACAGAAGGUAGAUACCCCUCGAGAUUGGAAUCUGGUUCCUUGAGUGGUCGAGUCAUCAUCGGCUCAACCUCUGGGCUCGGAUUAUCAACCUGUCCCGAUUUCUCCACAGCAAUCUACCGGUACUCCUUCAGGUUACUCUUUUCCGUGGACAAUCGGCGCUUCGGAAUGUGACGUGCAAACCAUGGUGUUCCUCAAGAUCAAUUGAUGGUUCCGAUUCGCAGCGCAGCAGGUGGUACCAAGGUGGUAUUGAUAUUCCAAGACUGCUCGGGGAAACUAUCAUCUGACACCGCACGCCUCGGACAAGUAAUCCAGAUGGCUUUCAUCCUAUAUGUCUCCUUUCGAUUUGAAACGUGGCUGCUCCGACCCUCCCCAAUGUGCUCUCGGACCGCGAAUGCCUGCCCGAUUGUUCCCCUCCUUCCAUUCCGUAUACACCCCACGAAGCCCUGUGUCGCCCAUGGAGCACAUGUUCAAUGCCGAGGACGCUGCGGUCCCUUAGUUCCGGGCAUGAAUCGAAAGUGGGGCACGAUAAAUUCUUUCCAUUGUGUGAUCGAUUAUCCACGCUCAAAAUAUCUCGGACAUCGCGUCAUCGUGGACUUUUCUUUGAACAAGUGGAAUGCAAGCUGAAUGGGGAAGUGCGCGGUCGUUUGUAUGCUUCAGCGACGCCUUCAAGUCUCCCUUGAUCUUGACAUCCCCUGCGGUGCUGAACGUUGCUGUUUAACGAGUGUCUGCUGACGUAGCGGUGGUAAUUGGAGUGUCAGCAUCUCAUUUUUCCGAGUAGAAACAUACAAUGCCGCCUCUGCGCUUAUUCGCACCGGACCAGAUCGGCGCUUGCACCAGUGGCAGACAAACAUGUUUUGCCUUACUUAAAGUGUCCGCACGGUGACUUUGACCGUCUUUAUACUUCCAUGCACUCAGCCAUACGAUUGGCGUCCCGAUUCGCUGCUGUGACUACCACCGUAGGCGCAGCAGGUUUCGGCGGGUUUCUAUACUACACCCGCCGAGCCCAGUUCGUUCCCUACGAUGUCACCACCGACCCGAUUUAUUCUUCUCCGAUUUACAACAAACUGAACCCGAACCGCAACUUCCCUGCGCUGUACGAUCGUUGCGUUCGGCGCGUGCCUCUCAAGGAUAUCGAGCCUGGGCUGCUGCAGGAAGAGGGAAAGCUGGUUGAGAGGUUUUGUGCUGGAGUAUGGAGCGGAGUCGGUAUGGCCCAAAUUUCUUACUUCGCGGGGUUUUGGAGGGUCUGAUUCACUACCGACAGCCUAUGAGUUCCAACGUCGGUACUUGGAGCGCAAAUAUCGCGGCUCAGACACGGCCUAUCAGCUAUGGGACAACUCACAACUCUCCGAGUCGACCUAUCCAGUCGGCCAACAUAUCACAGACCACUUCGAGAUACUCUGGCGCGAACCAAACUCCAUAGGCUUACGCUGUGGUGACUCUCCACGCAUUCACGGCGUCCGCACCACGGAUGGGAUCAUCGAGCUCACCGCGACCGUGAAGCCGGACGAGGGCGUGGCUGAAUUCGAGUUCACGUGUGUGUUCUUCCAGGGCGAGGGCAAGAGUGACGCGAAGAUGCCGGAGCCGAUCGCUUUCCUGCACAGGUUGUAUACCAAGUUUUUGGUUGAAGAUGCGGUGGGCAAGAUAUACAAGUAAUGCAAUGCAAUAUUACGCGUCCGUUAUACGUGGUUCAUCGCUGUCAUAUCGUCGUCGUCAUCAAAUUCCAUCUCGGGGACACACAACUGCGCCAGUCCGAGGUCUUGCAACCGGGUCAUGCGCACGAGCAUGCCGAGCCCCAAGCUGACCUGCGAGUCGACGGCUCCCUUCCCUGCGCUGUUCAAGAGCGUCCACGCUCCCUCGUCCAUGUCUUCUGCGAGGUGGCCCCAUGCUGACUUUAUGGCCCCGGGAUAAUUGUACGAGGCGAGAACGAAACAAACAGUGGAGCCUCAGGCUAUUAUCAGUGCCUUGAUAGCAAACGGAGAUAGACCACUGACAAAGCCCACUAAUCUCCUGCUCGCGCUCAAGCUGGGGUAGCGGAGGUUGUUCCGAUGGGUCUUCCUCGACAUCCGAGUCCGUGUGGCCGGGUAAGAUGUCUCCCAGACGGUAUAGUCGUUGGCAAGCGGGGCAUAUCCGACUGGUGGACCUUCAUUCCUCGUAAGCACACGACCUGCUGUAGUCGACUUCCGUGCGUACCUGCUCUUGUUAUACCACAAGAUCUACUUGCCGCCGAUAGUCAGUUCUGCGGUAUACUCACGCCGGGAAUCUACAUACCAACGCGGUCUCUUCCGGUAGCACGGUGCACAGCAUCUCGAGAAUCUCGUCCUGCGCGAACUCGGCACAUAAUGGGUCGUCCCAGGCAGGCGGUUGCGCGAAGAAGGACGUCAAGAACGCGCGGGUGUCGCGGACGCGAUGGCCGUUACCGGGGUCGUGUAUGAAGGGCUUUUGGGGAAGAAGCGGGGGCGCGAAGACAUGCUCCUCGUUGCCAUCCAUGUGGAAGACAGGCUCCCGGUCGUGCACGAGCGGGUCGACGGGGGAUGGCGUUCGGACCUCGAGCCGAGAGUCGCUGGUCGUGGCGGAGGAGGUGCUUUCUAGCGACAGGCGCGGUUUCGCAUGCACCCUCGGGUUUCUUUUCCCCUUUCGCUUGGAGUUGGACGGGCCCGGCAUCGGGUUUUCGCGACGAACAAGUGGCCGUGGUGUGCCGGUUUACAGAACGCGUAAACACCGCGUAAACACCGUGACGUGCUCUCGGUCACGGGUGUGGUCGAGUCACGGCCUGGCAUCGGCGGAUAGAGAAUCCGGCUGCUUGGCCCACACGCCUUCCGGUGGAGCCCUACGCUAGAAGCGCGUCGAGCGUGCAACGAGGCACGCUCGUGAUUUGCUCCCCUUCGACCUGUGUCUUGCCAAGUGCCGAUUUCAUUUUUGUCGAUGCCGACAUCCAUCUCAUCUUUCAUUAUAGUCCAUCACGGCGGCGUCACGCAGCCUACGACAUUUUGAGAAGAGGUCUCGUUUUACCCUAUCCAGCCCUGAAACGAACUGGUUCUGCUGCUUCUGCUACAGUGCCUGCGUCCAUCGAUGGGCCUUCUGUCCGUAUCAACUAGCACCUGAUCCCGAGGCCCGGUCCUAUGCGUUGUCUAGUGCCCGGCGAGGUUUCACCUGACUGCCCGUCGGAUCUCGAGGCCGUGCACGCUCAUUUUGCACGCCAGGCUUUGGAAGACGAUGUCCAGAACGGAGCAUGUCCGUGUCUCGUGCGAUGAUGUUGAACCAUCGCGCGCAGAAAAGGAAACUUGGCAAUGACGCAUGCUGGAGGGUAUAUAAGCCGAGAGGUAUUUUGGUCAAGAGAAAGCAGCAACACAGAGUCGUUUGGCCAACACUGCAGAGAUGCUCUUUCUUGCCUACCUUCUGUCGAUCGCUUCUGUCGCACAUGCUCUCGGAUCGUCUUGCUCUGCCCCGCUCGGUCCAGGGACCGCUGCUGCCGGUGACCCAUACUGGCUGCAAAAUAUCAAACAUCAAGGAAUCUCUGCCUACAAUCCCAACCCUUCCACAUAUCAAGUCUAUCGUAACGUGAAGGACUUUGGCGCUCGCGGCGACGGCGUCACCGACGAUACUAUUGCCAUCAACAACGCCAUCGCGUCUGGCAAUCGAUGUGGUGGAGGAUCCUGCGGCUCUUCUACAGUCUCUCCGGCUCUCGUCUUCUUCCCAUCUGGAACCUAUCUCGUAUCCAAGGCGAUAAUUGCGUACUACUACACACAGCUGAUCGGCGACGCGAGGCACCCUCCGACCUUGCUCGCAGCUGGUAAUUUCUCUGACAUUGCGGUCAUCGAUGCCGACCCCUACAUCCCCAACGGCUUUGGCUCGCAAUGGUACACCAACCAGAACAACUUCUUCAGGAGUGUUCGCAACUUUGUGAUCGAUGUGACGCGUGUGCCGGCGACCCUGUCCCAGGGAACCGGGAUCCACUGGCAAGUGGCCCAAGCCACGUCGCUGAUGAACAUCGUCAUCAAUAUGUCAUCGGCGCCGAAUACCGCUCACCAGGGAAUCUGGAUGGAGAAUGGCAGUGGCGGAUUCAUGGGCGACUUGGUCUUCAACGGAGGAAAGUUUGGGCUGUGGGUCGGGAACCAACAAUUCACCGUCCGAAACAUAACUGUCAACAAUGCUCAGACCGCCGUCUAUGCCCUCUGGAACUGGGGCUGGACAUUCCAAGGCGUGACCUUCAACAACUGCCAGGUCGGCUUCGACGUUGCCACCGGGGGUGGCAGUUCUGCCCAGACGGUCGGCGCCGAGGCGAUCAUUGACGGCACGAUCUCCAACACCCCGAUCUUCGUCCGCACCUCGACCGCCAGCAACGGGCGUCUCGGCGGCUCGCUGGUCCUGAACAACAUCAAGCUCAACAACGUCCCGACCGCCGUCGGCGUCGCCGGCGGGGCCGUCGUGCUCGCGGGAUCCUCCGGGUCGACCACCGUCGCGUCCUGGGCACAGGGCAACGUCUACACCGGCACCAACGGCGCGGGGAACUUCACGCAGGGCCCGAUUGCCGCGCCGCGCAAGCCGGGCUCGCUGCUCGAUGGCAGCGGCAAGAUCUUCGGGCGCAUGCACCCGCAGUACGCGAACUACGCGGUGUCGCAGAUCGUGAGCGUGCGCGACCACGGCGCGAAAGGCGAUGGGAACACGGACGACACGGCUGCGCUGAACGCGAUCUUUGCUACAUACGCUGGCUGCAAGAUCAUCUUCUUCGACGCUGGGACCUACGUCGUGACUUCGACGCUCGUCAUUCCCGCCGGAUCGCAGGUCGUGGGUGAAGCGUGGUCGGUUAUCGCCGGACGUGGGUCUGCGUUCCAGGACGUAAACAACCCCCGCGCGGUCGUGCAAGUCGGCGCACCGGGAUCCACUGGUGUCAUGGAGAUCUCCGACAUCGUAUUCGUCACCAUCGGGCCGGCUGGCGGAGCCAUCGUCGUCGAAUGGAAUAUCGCGCAAUCGAGCCAGGGUUCGGCGGGAAUGUGGGACUCGCACAUCCGCUUGGGAGGAGCUAUCGGCACCAACCUCCAGGCCGGCAACUGUCCGAGUAGCGGCACCGGCGGCACGGCUAACUGCAUGGCUGCGUUUGCUGGACUUCAUCUCACAUCGUCCUCGUCUGCUUAUCUCGAGGGUACUUGGGUCUGGCUAGCGGAUCAUGAUCUCGAUACGGCCGCGCAGUCUCAGAUCUCAAUUUUCUCCGGUCGUGGAAUUCUGUCCGAAUCCGCUGGUCCUGUUUGGAUGAUUGGAACAUCGUCUGAACACCACGUCCUCUACCAGUACAAUCUCGUCAAGGCCAAGAACCAUUACCUUGGCUUGAUCCAAACAGAAUCGCCAUACUUCCAGCCGUCGCCUGCGCCACCCGCUCCAUUCUCGGUGAACGCCGCCUUCAAGGACCCCUCGUCGUGGUCAGGCUCGGCGUGGGCGCUGCGCAUCACGUCCUCGUCGGACAUCCUCGUGUACGGCGCGGGGCUGUACAACUUCUUCAACAACUACCAGCAGCAGUGUCUGACGCCGCAGAACUGCCAGGCGCAGAUCGUGAACGUUGACUCGGCCUCGACGGCGGUGCACAUCUACAGCCUGUCGACGGUGGGCACGACGUAUCAGCUGAGCGUCAACCAGGUCGGCGUCGUCGACCAGGCGUCGAACCCGAACGGCUUCGCGGCGACCGUGACGGUCUGGAAUCAGUAAAGGGAAGGGGCCAUCAAUGAAUGUAUCAAUGAAUGUACGAAUAUCGCAAUUAGGUUGCCUCAUGUAUAAUGGUGCCGGUUAUCGAAUACACACAUAGUGGAAUCCAC